CUGCCGCAUCAAUUUUUGCAAACCUCGGAUCAACGCACCCCUUGAGGCUUGGUAUGUCGGCUCCUUUCUGCCCAAGGUUGUAUAAUACAUGAUGGUGUACUAGAACAGACACGCUACGAAACACAGAUCCUACUGGACCACCUACGAACAGCCUAUCAAUGCGGGUACGCCGGGGUACGCCUCGUGUAUCAACUCUGGUGCCUUGCCAAGAAACAUUGUAUAUGCCCACCGCCUUCGCUAAGACGCUAAUUCAAAAAUUGACUGCUAGUUUUCCAAUAAAGAGCACGAACACAGAGGAAUACGCUAGCUUCUUAAUUCCCAGUACUUCCAUUGACCCUCACAAUGCUGCGUCUGCUGUGUAUCGCUCUGUCUCUUUUCUUAUCCCUUCAGCUCGCUGUUGCGGAUCCUGCCCCAACAGUCUUGCGAGUUUCACGUCACUCCAAGACAUCGGCACUAGUGACCAAGUCGGUACUAUCCGCUCUCUUGGUUCGGCGAGGAAAGUAUCUUGCUCGAGCAAGCAACGGCGUGUGCCCUAGCGGAUAUCAGCAAUGUACCAACUACCCAGACUCAUGUGCCCCUACUGGCAGCUACUGUUGCAAUGAUUUGUACAACUGUCCAAACGACUCCACCUGUUUCGAUUCCGAAUGCUGUCCCAAUACCGCGCAAACCUGUAAUGGAAAUGCCUGCUGCAGCGCUAAAAGCGAAUGUUGUACCGACGAAAGCUGCUGUGAACCCGGCCUCUUCUGUUGCAAUGACUCUAUCGGGGGAUGCUGCCCUACUGGAUCUACGUGCAUAGCAAAUACUGAUCAAUGUUCCACUGAUGGAGGCUCAGGCAGUGGUGGUUCUGGAGGUGGAAGCGGUGGAACUACCGUUACGACUGCUACACCUUCCAAGUCAACUGCGCCGCUCGGAACCACUUCUAGCAAUAACGUAAUCACAUUCAACGGCCCCACAACAACUGGGUCUUCGAGCACUCAUUCUUCAACUGUUUCAUCUGGAGGGUCUACUGCCAGUGGCAUAACGUCAACCGGUGCUGCUUCUCGUGUAGCACCUGGGACACAACUUGCGGCUUUGGCUGCAGUUGUUGGUCUGCCGAUUCUCCACAACGUCCUCCAUGCAUUGUGAAUGUGCAAAAGCACUUCUCUUCUCGAUUCGACAUACUUGUUAAUUGUUGUUGAGGUCGUGAUCUAUGGACACUGAUAUGUCAGAUAUCUCUCACUAAUCAGUUGGUCCACGGAUUGCGAGAGAUCAAGGUAAAUCGGGUAAUGGCUAAACGGCUAAACUGCGGAGGCCCAGGGCUGUAUUGCAAGCAU